CCUUUUCCGGUCUAUCAGAGAGACGAGGAGGUGAGUUUUUCGAAAUCGAGGAAUAUCUACGAUUUAAAGCCUUAAUAUGAAAAAAUGGCUAUGAAAACCUUCGUAGAUAUUAAUAAUCUAACGUCUGAAUGUGUUUUCAAAGUUAAUUACAACUCAAUUGUUGAAAUCCUUCGAAAAUAAUAUUCAUAUGAAACACACGUCUCAUACUUUCAGUCAACCUUCUUUAUUUUUUCCCCAUCAGUAACUAGACCGUAAUGGGACGAGUAAUUAGAGCCCAGAGAAAGGGCCGAGGAUCGGUCUUCAAAGCUCACACUAAAAAUCGCAAAGGUGCCGCCAAAUUGCGCCCGGUGGACUUUGCCGAAAGACAUGGAUAUAUUAAGGGUGUUGUAAAGGACAUCGUUCACGAUCCUGGACGUGGCGCUCCUUUAGCUAAAGUUGCAUUUCGGGAUCCGUACAGAUAUAAGAUGAGAACUGAAACAUUCAUUGCUGCCGAAGGAAUGUACACUGGACAAUUCAUUUAUUGUGGAAAGAAAGCCUCUCUUCACAUUGGUAACAUUAUUCCAAUCGGUCAAAUGCCUGAGGGUACAGUCGUUUGCUGUCUUGAAGAAAAAACCGGAGACAGAGGCCGAUUGGCUAGAUCAUCUGGAGGUUAUGCUACUGUUAUUUCCCACAAUACUGAUACCAAGAGAACCCGGGUCAAGCUCCCAUCUGGAGUAAAGAAAGUUGUACCAUCAUCAAACAGAGCUAUGGUUGGUAUUGUAUCCGGUGGUGGAAGAAUUGACAAACCAAUUUUGAAAGCCGGUCGGGCUUACCAUAAAUAUAAGGUUAAGAGAAACUGUUGGCCUAAGGUUAGAGGUGUUGCCAUGAACCCCGUUGAACAUCCUCACGGUGGUGGUAACCAUCAACAUAUUGGUAUGGCUUCGACUGUUCGUCGUGAUACAUCAGCUGGACGAAAGGUCGGUCUUAUUGCCGCUAGACGUACUGGAAGAUUGAGAGGAUCCAAACAAUUAACUGGAAAAGCGGCUAAGGAAGAUUGA